ACAGAGAGUGGAGGACGCCAUGUGGUUUUGAGGGAGAAGGUCCAGGACUGACAGGCUGCAUUGUGACUGUGAAUUGGAAGUAUCUCGAGGAGAUCCGGGGGCACAAAUAAUAAACAUGUACUGCACAAGACAUUGCAUUCGGACCGCACUGCGGAUUACCGCACAGACGAAUCGGCAGGCGCUCCAGACACCAACGCUAUGUGCUCUCCUCCGAACACUUGGGACCAGCCCAGCCAACCUUUCUGAUGUCAUCGCUGCCCCCCCUCUGGAUGGAGCCCCUAAACAGUACACCCCCAAAAUCACCCAGCUGGUAAAGGACAUCACCAGCCUCACCUUGUUAGAAGUGUCAGACCUCAACGAGCUGCUCAAGAAAACCCUGAAUAUCCAGGAUGUUGGGAUGAUGCCAAUGGGAGCCAUGGCUGCAGGAGCAGCACCUGCAGCUCUGGCAGUGGAGGAGGAGAUGGCGCCAGUCAAGAAAGAGAAGACUCACUUCACAGUAAAACUGACAGAACUGAAGGCAGCAGAGAAAGUCAAACUCAUCAAAGAAGUGAAGAACUGCAUCCAAGGCUUGAACCUGGUGCAGGCUAAGAAGUUGGUGGAGUCCCUCCCCCAGGAGAUCAGAGCCAAUGUGUCUAAAGAGGAGGCGGAGAAGCUGAAGGCAGCCCUGGAGACAGCAGGAGGCACUGUGGUGUUGGAGUAGAGACCUGGAGUAGACCAUCCCUGCCUCCACCCGACUGACCCCAUCUCCAUCCAUCCACCGUCUGGCUGCGGUUACUCCUCCUCUCCCCCCUUCUGUCUAUUCUUCCGUUUUAUACAGCAGUAUAAAUGGAAGAAAGGAACCAAUACCUUGGAAAAGGAAACUAAAAUAUUGCCUUUUGACAACGUUGCUGUACUAGCUACCAACUGGACGGUGUGAGGCGGGGCGGGAGAAACUAACUCAGACUGAACUCCUCAGGCUCAGAGCCUGAACACACCCGCCGGCAGCUCAUCAAUCUGCUCGCCCAUUUGUCGUGUUUGUCUGUCUCUGUCUGUCUGUCUGGCUGCGUCCCGAUUCUCCAAUCCUUCUCCCGAAGUAUGCACUUGUCUUGCGUUCUUUCUCGCAUUGAUUUAACAAUGGUGGAAACUCAAACUCCCUAAAGCCAAUGUUUACGUCAACCCUAUGCUUUUAAGUCCAUGACGUGGAGUAUGAGGGCACAGUACAGGAGAAGGGUGGAGAAUGGAAACGCAGCCUGGUACUUUUGCCCAUUGGGCUGCAGUCAAGCUGGCCCUGGGCCAGUCUGUCUCUGUCUGUCAGUCUGUUCGUCUGGGGGUGAGUUGCCCUGAAAGCCUCGUUGCUAACGUGGGAUGUUAUUUCUCCUGACAACCCAGCCUCCACAGUGACCAUUGCAAUAUCUAUGUUUGACUGUCUGUAUUCUCCAGUGGAGGCUGGUCGGAGGAGCUAUAGGAGGACAGGCUCAUUGUAAUGGCUGGAAUGGAAUAAUGGAACGGAGUCGAACAGGUGGUUUCCACAUGUUUGUGUUUGAUACCGUUCCAUUAAUUCCAUUCGAGCCAUUACAAUGAGCCUGUCCUCCUAUAGCUCCUAACACCAGCCUCCACUGGUAUUUUAUGUGCAUUAAUGAACCAAAUUCGUCAAAUGAAGCACUUUGCUGGUUGUUCUGAGUGGUGUGAGUCUGGGUCAUCGAGAGGAGUGAGGUACUACGUUCGCAACAAUGCUUUUUGAGAAACCCUCCUGUGUAUGGAGACAUGGUUACCAUGUUAUCUCGAACCAGGAUAAGGGAGCUGUGUCCUCAUUAGGGGUUGGAACCGAUUCAGAGAACAGAACCAUUUUUCAAGGAACGGAAAUGGAACGAAAGUGAUCCAUACUGUUCCGGAACAGAACCAUUAUUUUAAAAGCAUGGGAACCGGUUAAUAACGUACUUUUACAUUCCAGGUGUUUUUUCUACGCAACAAAGUGCCUAGGCAAAGCCCUUACUGUCACUACAGUGACUGCCUGCAAGCUGAAAGUCUUUACCAGUGUGUGUGUUUAGGCUACCUGCCCCUCCCAUCUCUGAAGCUAGGCUACUGUACUGACAUUACAAUCGUGAUUCAGAAGCUGGGGAGAGAGAUUUUUAAUUAGCUAGAGAAGAAUAGAUUAACUUUUUUGAUGCUAGUUAAGGAUACUAUUGACCUAGUUAUCACAUUUAACAUUGGGUUUAUUAACUACAAAAUGGUAAGACGUGUUUUUAGUUCUGGUGCAGCUCUGCACACACAAGCUUGUUAGCCAGCUAGCUCAAAGGACAUUCAA